GUCUGUGCCUUCUCCUUCGUGCGCAGCCCAGGGUAUCUCUUGAAAACGCUACUCGGGCAGACGAGCCGUUGUCUACCUCAGUGAACAUUAACGCAAUUGUGGCAUAUCUGUCUGACUGUGGAUACAAGCAGUUCGGCUCCCUUUCGUGUCAGAGACAACCACGCGUUCCCAUAUACCUGAAUAUGAAGAGUGCUGCCCUUUUUUGCGGGCUUCUGGCCUCGUCGGUGUCGGCCCACAUCCAGAUGUCCAACCCGUACCCCAUCCGCAGUCCCCUCAACCCCAACGGCGGAGACAACAAGGACUACUCAUACACCAACCCUCUGUCCAGCGACGGCCACGACUUCCCGUGCAAGGGAUACGCGAAUGACCCGUUCUCGUCGGUGGCCAACUACUCUCCCGGUGGUUCAUACAGCCUGGAACUGCAGGGCAGUGCCACGCACGAGGGAGGGUCCUGCCAAAUCUCCCUCUCGUACGACCAGGGCAAGUCCUUCAAGGUGAUCCACUCGAUGAUCGGCGGAUGCCCCCUCACCUCCAAGUACCAGUUCUCGAUCCCCUCGGACGCUCCCGGCGGGCAGGCGCUCCUGGCGUGGUCGUGGUUCAACAAAGUCGGCAACCGCGAGAUGUACAUGAACUGCGCCCAGGUCACCAUCGGCGGCUCCAAAAAGCGAGACGUCGCGCAGCAGGAGGUCGCCGGGGCGGUCGCCAGCUACAGCAGCGCCCCGCCCAUGUUCAUCGCCAACAUCAACGGACCGGGCGGCUGCACGACCACGGAAGGCCAGGAUGUCAACUUCCCGCUGCCCGGCUCGUCCGUGGAGGGUAGCGGCUCCGGCACCGGGUACACCUGCACGGGCUCGGCGGAUUUCCUGGGCGGCUCCCACGGCUCCAACUCCGCCGCCUCGUCCUCUGCUUCUUCCUCUUCCUCCUCCCACAACGCAUUGACUUCCUCGGCAGCGGGGUUUGCAUCGCCAUCCUCUUCCUCUUCCUCUUCGUCCGCCUCCCACUCGUCUGCCUCUAAGGUGGCUUCCGCCUUUGGUUCCAACACUGAGCACACCGUGCUCCUCCCCACUGCCCCUGCUGCCCCUGUCCCCGCAGAGGCUGAUUCCAACCGCGCUGCCCCUGGUGGCAGUGGUGGUAGCGGUAGCGGUAGCUCCUCCCAUGGAAACGUGCACGGUGCCGCUCACGGUACCGCCCACAGUAACACCCACGGUGGCGCUUGCGUCGACAACACCAUCAUCUGUGACGAGGACGGCAAGAGCUGGGCCCUGUGUGCUCACGGCCGUCCGGUGCACAUGGGAUCCGUUGCUGCGGGCACAUACUGCAAGCACGGUGCCAUGCACGCCGCUUGAGGGACUGCCCGGUUCUCGGUUCGUGUGCUGCCUAUCAACCUUGUACUCUUUCCACAGCCAGCGCCUUCUCUUUCCUCCCAUACCUAAGUGGUG